AUUGUUUUUGCAUCGAUUGCCUGCUAUAAUUCGCUGGAGAUCAUUUUCUGGAUAUUCGUCACUUUCAAGAAUCGUCAUGGACUAUACUUCUGGAGCAUGCAAUUUGCGGCAUGGGGUACCAUCGUGAAUGUAGCCUUUGGUAUCAUAUACGUCUAUUUGAAGGAUCCCUCCAUAGGGUGGUCAGUCGGCAUUUUCAUCGGUCUUUGGGCCAUGACUACAGGCCAAGCCGUGGCACUAUAUUCGCGACUCCAUCUUGUUGUUAUCGACUCUCGGAAGAUUCGAUGGGUGCUGUACAUGAUAAUUGCUACCUUCUUGGUGUUGCAUAUUCCAGUCAUGGCCCUCUUCUACGCCCUCAUAACCCGUGGUGACCCCCGUCUUUACCAUCCCGAACAGGUUUACAUAAAACUAGUGGCCACGGGCCUAAGUGUUCAGGAGUUCAUUAUCUGCGGUAUCUACAUAUACGAAGCCGUCUGCGGACUCAAACCCGUGCUGGCCGUCAAAGGCCGCGCAGGACGCCAGGUCAUUCUCAACCUGAUCAUCGCCAACGGCAUCGUCGUCAUUGUCAACGCAACCGUUAUGAUGGUAGCCUUUGCUAAAUUUCGCACCAUCGCUGUGGGAUAUACAGCAUUCUGCUACAGCCUGAACUUGAAAUUGGAAUUUUACGCUCUCAACAAACUGCUCAACCUGGUCCAA